UUAACCCGUUACAUCCUUUUAUUUCCGGCUUUUCGUUUUAUCUGGUUGCAACACGGUGACUGGGGUCGGCAGUCCAGAAGAGAAACUGCGCGGGCUGCUACUGGGGGUUGGAUAACGCACCCGGGACUGUGUGCGUUGCUCUGGAGAGCAUUGGAUACUCCCGCUUAUGAUUUAUGGCCGUGAGAAGACCAAACGAAUGCCGCAAAAUGGUGGAUGUGUCUGCGACUCACUCUGCAGACACUAUAUUUGUUGGUCAGUUCAGGGUUCGAGACGGAUGGGUCAUCGGAACGGCAUGCAGAGACAGCGGUGCUUUCCCGGCGACUGCGUCGUUUCGCCGGAACGGGGAUGUCGCAACUGCGCAUGUCUUGAUGGUUAAGAAACAGAAACAGACAGGCUGGAUCAUUGGACGCCAGAACAUACUUGCCGUAGACGGUCGAUAAAUCUGAAUCACGCCUCUUGCGAGUUCAUCAGACGGUGUGCUCAAGCUCCAUUCAAAGGGCUCUCUCUCAGCCGAGCCGUAGAGGGGACUCGCGUGCGUAUCAACGCAUAAAAACACUAUUUUCACCACUGUUUCCUGCUCAGUUCGGGAUCAUGGCGGAGCCGGAGGCCAGCUGCGGCUUUGCGGCACCGAAAGAGGAUGAAGACGAGCAAGAGCCGUUCUGCACAGGAAAAUGCACAGCCGAAGCGCUUAUCGUUUUCUUCGUUUACACGUUGGUUGUCUUCGGCUGUACGCUUCUGACUAAAUUCGGCACCGGGAGCCUCGUCGUUACCGCCACAAUCCCUGUGGCCGUCCUUUUCUUCUUUGUUUUCUAUGUUUUCGGUCGUCAGAUACCUUCGAAACAGAUCGCCUACGUGGCACUCUCGACACUGGCCCUUGCAGUUCCACUCUCGUUGGUGCUGCCGGUGGUGAGGUCGGGAUGGAUGAUGGUCAUCCGCCUGCUGGACUUUGCCACGUAUCGCCCAGAUAAACCCUGGUUUGUGAGGCCAGGCUACCCUCUGUGGAGCUUCGUCGACACUUUCCUGUUGGAGGCAACCAUACAAGAGCUGAUCAAGUACGCGGUGAUCUACAAGGCGUUCUCAAAGAAGCUAAUUCAACGACCGGGCGAUGUAAUCGUGUACAGCGCCGUCGCCUCUUGCGUGAUUGCUACGGCUGACGUCGGCAUGCAAGCACUGAAAGUUGUGUCGUCGCUAAGGAACAUGCCUACCGUUGUCCUGAUCUCAGGACCGGUCACGGGGAGAGGACCCAGUCCACAUGGAUUGCCAGACCACCAAGCCGGUAUCCUGUGGUCCUUCACGUUGUACUACGCUGGGUUCAUUGUUCCAAUGCAAGUGGGCACCGGGUUCAUCCUUGCGUGCACCCUGGCUGGCAGAGAGCUUCUUCACCGAAGAAAAUCUUUUCUUCAGAUCAUCCGGUGGCCAAUUCUGCUACACGGGGCUCCAGUCUUCGCAAGCCAGAUCCUCAGACACAUUUCCCAUAACGAAGCACACCGCGUUCUUCAUGGCGCAGAUCCAGCGACUCUGACUUCUGCGGAGCUUUCGAGGCUGGGUUCAUUGACGGCCCUUUUGCAGUUCACUGUUUGUGCCUUGAUGGCGUUGGGCGUCUGUAUCACGUUUAUUCUGUCCAGGCUACUAUAUCUGAGGUUGGUGAGAACCCUUGGGACUCACUCGCUUCCGACAACCGCUCUGCCGGCAAAGACAGGCUUCCUCUUUUCGUGGCAAGAUGUGUUCGAAGCAGAAAACUGUUCCACGUGACUGCCACAUGAUAGCUCGUCUUCCAUCUUCUCGAGGCAGUUUCCGUAAGGAACGCUUGUCGCGUAGAAUGCAAUAUACACUCCGUGAGCGACUAGUGACGAUGCCGUGUUUUAGGUCCGUGUUCGCCAGCGCAGCCGAUUAGCUGUGGGGAGAUAUUGGCAUGUUUGCUAAACGCCAGCGCGAUACAAUAUAGUGAUACCGGUAAAUAUGCUUUUUAUGAAUGAUGCUCCGCGGACACAUCCACAAGUGUACAACUUUUGAAAUGCUCGACGGGCACUCCACGGGAGCGCCGCGCAGAUAAUCCCUCUCUAUACGGUG